AAUCCAUGGGUGUUGGCCGAACAAUCGGCGGCCAAAGCGAAGCGCAUAGCUAGUGCGCUGGAUUGCGUAACGGACCGUAGCCAGACGCUGGUGGAUUGUCUACGAAAACGUCCCGCGGAGGAUAUCGUGCGUCAGGUGCCGGCUCUGCUCGACUAUCUCUACAAUCCGUUCUCGCCGCUUGGCGUAGUGAUCGAGAGGCAAAGUAAACUGAACCGCAAACCCUUUCUUCCCGACCAUCCGUUGGUGCUUUCGAGGAAGGGAAAGCUAACGAAAGUGCCACUCGUACUGUCAGUGACGCAAGCGGAAGGACUUUAUCCGGGCGCUGAGUUUAUUAGCAAUCCCGCGUAUCUCGACGACAUUCACGAGCACUGGAAUGAGCUGCUACCGAGCAUACUGGACUACAAGACCGCCGUCCAGGAUCCACAGCAACGGUACGAGCUAGCGGUGACGAUCAGUGAGCGCUACUUCGGAAAGGAACGGCAAUUGACGCCCGAGAACUUUGAUCAGUUUGUUUCCAUUCUCUCCAACCGGCUGUUCUUCGCUGGAGUCACCAAAACGGCCAAACUGUUGCAGCCACAUAUUCCGGUGUAUUUUUACUACUUUAAUUUUAAGGCCGAUUACGGUCUAGGCGAAAUGGUGUCCGGAUUGGCUGGGGUACGGAACUUAGGUGUAGCGCAUGGGGAAGAUACGUUCUUGCUCUACCCAAGCAGCAUGCGCGAUGAGCAUCCAUACAGUACGACCGAGCUGAAGGUGGUGUCCAAUCUGGUUACCAUGUACGAUACUUUCUCCCGUGGGCUGGCACCGAGGUACGGUGAGGAGGAGCUACCCGUGCAGAACGUUACCGGUAAGUUACGGUUUCUUGAAAUCCGUCACCCCGCGACCGAAGUGAAGACGGCGUACGGAGUGAGUGAUGAGGCGUUUUGGGAGAUGUUGAAUUUCAACGAACAUCCAGCGACCAAAAGUAAGCCCGUAGAUUCCCACACCGAAUUGUAGACAGCCAACGGAGCCGUAGAGCUUGAUAACGGAACGGAUCGUGCGGCUUAUCAAUCAGCAAACCCGAAAACAGCUUCCCUACAACAGCUUAUCGGCACGUAAC